AUGUCUCACCAACUUGAGUUAUUAACCGAGAAUCCUUCACAAUGGACAACUGUGUCAUUUAUCACACCGGAGAUCCAGAAAAAGGAAAUAAAGCCAUUCCUUUUAUUGGCUCUAAAAGAGUUAGAAGGUAACCCAGACAACAGGACAAGGAACCUUAUGAAUGCAGACAAGUUCUCAGCUGUAAGAUCUGUAGUCCGACAUGUUUCAAGACUGCGUUCGGCUAAUAAGGAACCCUGGCUAGAAGAGGAUAUGAAUUUAUUUCUAGAAAGUUUAAAGUUUAGCCCAGAAUGUAUUAGCGAGUUAACAACACUGCUUUGCACUGAUAAAAUAUAUGAAAACAUUCAAAGGCAUCUUAGAAUAAAACCUGGUAUUGCAAGCUUAGAAUGGAAGAUUGAUGUGUCUUUAAGCCAAACCAAUAUAAGACAGGAGAAUGCAAGUCCCGAACGGACUAAAGAGAUAAUGUACAGAGAUUCCCAGGUCUUACUCACGUUGAACUUGACAAAUGGACAGAAGCACAUUUGUAGAUUGAGUAUUAGCAAAUUCCAUGAACUGCGGUAUGUGAUAGCCAGUGCAUUGAAGAGUAUGAUUGUGCUGGAGAAGCGAAAGUGUAUGCGAAAAGACUGA